AUGAACGAAUUAUUUGAGGACUUUGCCAAAGCGUACGCUUUGCGAAAUGGAUACCUGCUAGCACAGACAAUCUCACCAGUGCCGCCUCCCAAUGAGCCGCACAGGCUGAAACGCAUAUGGCAGAGCACGAAUUCCCAUAGCGCCAAAGGAGACAUUAAGCACUUUAUUAAGUCACAGACAUCUUCUCGAAAGACUAUAAGCCAUGACGAGGUCAACGGAUGGGUUGAAGUAUAUGUGGCGUACUGGAACGCAAUAGGUGAGAUUCUUGCUGGGGAGAGCGGCAAGUCCUCUUGGACUAAAGUCUAUGAGGCGUGGAAAGAGCUUACCUCCAUGUUAAUUCGAGGGUACAAUAACUCUGGCUUUGAAGCAUGGACAAUUCCCACCCUCUACGUCGUUGGGAAGUAUUUGAGAUUGUUUGCUAUCAAGUCCGAUGACGAGAGAAGCCGGUCUUCCACCGACAACUCCGGAACUGCAUCGCUGAUGCAGGACGACUUUGACCCGGAACUAGAGAAACAGGGUCAGCUUAGAGACUGCGAGCAGCAUCUAAAGCGCAUAUUUACGCUGUGCCUCAAUGACAGAGCACCGAUAGAAGAAUCUCGAAAAUGGGGGAUAUAUUUUGUUAUUAAUUUGUUGUUCAAGACAUACUUCAAGCUCAACAGUGCGUCAUUAUCAAGAACAAUUUUGAAGACGUUGGCCGUCUAUAACGACAAGGGAGACAUGCCACCUUUAGAGGCAUUUCCAAGGGCUCAAAGGGUUACCUUCAAGUAUUAUGAAGGUGUUUUGUUCUUUCUCGAGGAGAACUAUGUUCAGGCAGAAAAGCACCUUAUUGAGGCAUGGCAAUUGUGCCACAAGGAUGCCAAGAGCAACGCAGAGCGCAUCUUGACAUAUCUCAUCCCCUGCCGACUGCUAACUAGCCAUGUCCUCCCUACCAAAGCACUCCUUCAACCGUAUCCUCGAUUGCAGGAACUGCUUCUACCACUUGCGGAGUGCAUUAAGCGAGGCGAUUUGCAUAAUUUCGACCUAGCCCUACAAAAGGGUGAAGACGAAUUUGUCAAGAAACGUAUAUAUUUGACCCUAGAGCGCGGCCGUGAUAUUGCUCUGCGCAACCUCCUACGCAAGGUUUUCAUCGCCGGUGGAUUUGACGAACCCAAAGAGGGCGAAACGACCCCUGUGCGCAGAACUCGAGUACCAGUCUCAGAAUUCCGAGCCGCAAUCUGCAUGGGAAGUGGUGGGGAACUCGUCGAUACAGAUGAAGUCGAGUGCCUGUUGGCCAACAUGAUCUACAAGACUGUGCCGGGUGCCUCAACCUAA